ACAAACUCAUAAGCACGUCUGCCAAAAAAAACACCCCACCGCCUACUUUCACUUGCCAACAAAAAAAAAAAUCAUUGCUUGUGUCUUAUCCCCGAGGCGCGCUCCCAUCUCCGGUGAGCGCGCGCACGCGGCAUCCCUCGCGCGCAUUUGGCACGGCGCCGCGCACUCUAGCCCCUGUGUGUAGUAACCCAGAGCAGUAGAGCUCUCAGCUAGACAUGGCGGCGGAUCCUAAGCCGGACUGGCUCUCCUGCCUUCCCUCUUCAUGGAGUUAUGGGGUGACUCGGGAUGGACGCAUAUUCUUCAUCAACGAAGAAGCAAAGAGUACAACCUGGUUGCAUCCUGUUACUGGAGAAGCCGUAAUCACGGGGCAUCGGAAAACUCCAGAUUUACCAACAGGAUGGGAGGAAGGAUACACGUUCGAGGGAGCUCGCUGCUUCAUCAAGUAAGAAAUUUGGUUUUAAUGCAUCUGCUCAUUUCUGUUUUGUUUUCUUGCAGAAGCUGAUUGUCUUAACUUAAGCACCCAGGUGCUCAGACCUGAUGCAUGCUGAGAAAGAAAUUGUGGCUUUGUUUGCUGGAGCGUGGCUGUUAUUAUUUUGAUAUUUUAAGUCAAGUCACAUUUUUGUAAGAGUGUGCAGCAGUGCGCUGGGGCUUCUCUAGGUGUGUGUGUGUGUUUGAAGCUUGUGGCCUUGGUUUUGUAAGUGAAGGAUACUGACAAAAUCUCUUUUCACGGUUCAGUCGUAGGUGUUCUAAAGCAAUUAUAUUGCAUGUUCUUCAUCAGUAGAUAGAGUUUGCUUAAAUGAAUCCUUACCAAAGAGUUCCAAAGCCAUCUCACCUUGUUUCUCCUUUGUUAGCUGUUGUUGCUUGCUAAUUGUUAAGACAUGUUUACGUUUUUAUUUUUUUUUGCAUACUUGUAAAAUGUUAAAAUUAGGGAGCUGAGUAUUUGCCGGACAAGUACAAGCUGGUCCAAACUGGGCUUACUUUUAAUAGAUCGUUUUUGGUUAAAAUAAAGCUGAUCAAAAUCCAGUCCUUUCAUCACUGUUCUGUGUUUUGUCCAUCUCAGCCUCUUAGUGUGUUAACUUAAAUUAUUUGGUCGCACCAAUGACUGACUCAUUCUGUUUCUGAUGAAUACGCAGAUGAAUUGAGCUCCAGCGUUGGUGAUGUCGCUCUCUCUCUAACUAGCGAAGAGCAACAUACGAAACAUCCAUCUCUCAGCUCUCUCUCAGCUUUUAACCAACACUGACUGUCUCUUUCACUGGACUAACUAGAUGUUAUGUCAAAAUUAAAUUUUAUUGUCUUGUUAAAGCCUGUGCAGCCAGUGCCUGCACUGUUUAUGAAGUAAAAGGACCUCCACUCUGUAACACCACUGAACAACAAGUAUUUCAGUUCCCACAUGUCCAACAAGGUGAAAGGUCUUCUCUUUAGCUUGUCCUGUUGUGUCCGCGUCAAGAGUUAUUUUGAGUCUUUCAUUCUCAUCAUAUGAAUAAUAUAAGCUUCUGAAAUGUAUUGUUUGAAACCAGGGCCUUCAGUGUUUGGAUCAAGUAGCUCAUGCAGUCAAAUUUGAUAAAUAUUUAGUCAGCGUAUACAUAAAUUUAAUUAUGGGCUCUGGUUUGAUUUUGGCAGUUAACUAAUUAUAAGUACUCAUUCUUGGGACGGUGAGAAAGAGCAGUUUGAAAGUAAGUAUUUUAAUAUAAAUACUUAUCCCAGUGACACAACACAACAGCAGUUAUGAUCUCAGACAUAUCGAAGUGAGAAGAGAGAAAGAUUGUUAGAGAAAAAGAGGAGCCUACUCAAGGCAAGCUGCAGGGAGCCCCCAUGGAUUUGCAUUAGGGUGCUGUGUGUGAGUGUGUGUGUGUGUGUGUGUGUGUGUGUGUGUUUGUCAGGUGACUCUAGCCGAGCUAAGCUUGCGUGACAUUUGUGUAUGUUUUUAUGUUGAAGCUGAAAGGCUGGUUUCAUCCCCCUACGCAGCACAGUGUGAGAGGUGACGGUGAAGUGUUUAGAGUUGAAGGGAUAAACCCAUAAAAAAAAAGUGGAUGAAUUCUUGUGUGUUUUCUCAGUUGUUUAGCCUUUUUCCCCAGUGCGGAGAGAGUUUAGCUGUAAGAUUUUAUUCUGUCUGUGAUGGAGAGCAGCAGAAAGAGUGAGCGUCACAUGCCCUCCUUCUGUCUUUCUAAUAAUAACUUUGAAUUAUAUCCUCUUUUUAUGAUACAGGUCCCCUAAGUAUUGUGUUGAAUCUUUUGGUGGGGUGAAAUAUAGCAGCACACGCAAGUACAGGAACACAAACAAAGCCUCCUUGGACAGGAAGGUUGUAUCAGCGUUUUGUUUGCCGUGUGUCUGAGGCCAGUUCUCCUUUAGAGGACAGACACAGGAAGGAAACAGAAUAGCUUAAUUAUCUCUGACCACAUGCCCUUGCUACAUGCUAGCCUACACAAAGUCAUGGCAGAGAAAAAUGCAUUGCUUGUUUGUUUUUUCAGGUCUAGUAUUGUUGCGGUCUGCAUUUAAGGUUAGUGUUGCAACUUGAAUCGAAUGCAUUGCACUUAAGUGUUUUUGGAUGGACAUGGACAAGGUUAGCUUGGAGUGAAUAUUGUUUGUUGUUCUUUAAAACAAAUGGCUUCAUUUGAAAAUCACUGAGCACAUUCAUGCUGCUGGGUGAGGAACAUGGACAUCUGGGCUUUGAUUAGAUCCUCCCAGAGGCCUCUCUUUGUUCCCUCUUUGUUUAUUCUGUGUACAAUUGGGGUAAGACCCCCAGGUAGACCGAGAGCACCCUGGAAGGAUUAAAUAUCCCAUCUGGCUUGAGACAGCCCAGGGAGAGCGAUGUUUAGGCUACCUUGUUUAGCCUGCUGCCACUGCAACCUGGGAAAAACAUUCCAGAUUGUUUUUUCUGGUUAUAAAAAUGAAUGUGGAAAGCCAUUCAAAGAGAUUUCAGAAAAAUCAUAAUACAUAUUUCUUCUCUUGAAUUUUGAGAUCAUAUUGUCAUAUCCUGUAUAUCAUCGAACUGAACAGGUUUUGCGCUGCGUGGUUAUCCACAACAUUAAACGCCUACUUGAAUCAUAAGAAGCAUGUGGUUUCAGUUGCCCAAACUCAUUUUAACAUCAAAUUCCAGGACUUAAAAAUAUUUUUUGAUGUCAUUCAGUGACUCAGUUAACAGGCCUGUCCUGUGUUGGACAAGUUUAGAUAUCAUAGAGGUCUCAUUUUGUCUGCAUCACCUCGUCAUGUCAACAAAUCCAUCCACAAAUCCAUGAUUGUGUCUGAAGUUGGCUUUUAAGUAGACGCUGAUGCUCGAAUACCAGACGAGCUGUGAAAAACUAAAUAGUGGCUACUGCUAAGGUGCACUCAAGCAAAGCAUUUUCACCUGGCCACCUAUAGAAGAAUGUAGCAGGCCUGUAGUCAUGAGACUGUUGGAAACGCUGUUGGAAACAGUCUGGUUAUCUUUCAGUUUAAGAGAGUUCCUUAUUCUGUAUACACAGAUUAACAGCCAACACCACAGCCUCCACUGGAACACCCAUGGGUGGGUCCCAGGACAAGUCACCCACUGUCUAAGGAACUGACCCACGGAUUACAAUUUUCAUAUCCUGGUUCGGGAUUAAGCUGCAGAGAUUCCUUUAUCACAGAUCUGUUUUCUGUUCCCACACCCUGUCAUUAACUAGCUCUCUAAUAUUUACUUGCAGUAUAAUAUAAGUCCCACACUUGGACGCCUGUCAGUUGAAACCAUUUUUGAAUUUGAGUUUAUGUUCGCUAAAUGUUCCUCUCAAAAUGUGCCCAUGCCACCAUGUCGGUAUCUGUUUUACUGACCAAAGACAUAGACUUGCUUCGUUUCCAGGUGAAGAAGUUAGCUGAAACUGGCCGGAGCUGCACUCCACAUGCAUGUUGCAACUUUGCUUAUCGGUGAGAUAAAGCGUCAGAGAAGGAGUACGGUAUGUUUAGGUUGUGAAUUAAAGGAGCAAAGACAGCCUGAUUGUGAUAUUUGUCUCUGCUGCUGUGUGCUUGUCAGCCUACAACCCUACAUAUCAUCUGUAAACAGUUCCCUCGAGAACAAAGCAGAAUUUAGAUCUUAGCUAAAGGCCGAGUGCUGUGUAUCUUCUCACCAGACUGUGCCAGAAUUUUGGCGCCUAAUUUCAGAGAUAAUGAUGGAAACGGCAGAACAAGAGGGACAAACACCAAGCAUCAGCUGGCCUCUUGGUAACAUAUCAGAGUUUAAGAAGAAACUCUUCUCCUGUGUUGCUUAAAGAGGACUGAGUCCAUCCAUCAGUUUGUGUCUGUUUUUCCCUUAUUUAGCAUAGAUAGCCUUACCAUUGGAGACCUCACGGAUAUUAUUUUGUCAGAAGAGAAAAUAAACACUUGAAACAUCAUUAUUGACUUUUCCAUCUGCGGCCAGUUGGGUUGGUAUCAUUGCUGGGGGAAUGGCUCGUCUUCCAUUCCAAAACAUGUCUGGAAACUUCCAGAUAAUCUCCUCCAAACACACAGUGCUCCAUAUGACCCUGAAUUGGAGUAGGGAGUGUGUUUGUCAUCUGGGAGUGUCCUCGCUUUAACUCAGUGAUGUCACUCUCACAUAGAAUGUCUUUUUGUCUGUUAUAAUUCGUGUAUUUAUCUUCUCCAUCUGAGCUGCUUCAGGUCAAGGGUGGACUAUUUUCUGUUUGACUUGUGGUUCCCAGCCUCAAGAGGAGCCACGCAGAGAUGGGAUUAUAAUAGAGAGAGAUAGAAAAUGAUUAGGGCAGGAGGAAGAGUGUGAUCACGAGAGUAAGAUGGAGGAAAAAGUAUAAAAAUAAAACUACAGAACGAUUUAUUUUGCUAAAAUAUUACAGAUUGGAACCUGUUGCUUUUAAAAAAAUGAGAUUUUUCUCAUGCGCUUUAACUCAUCAAGAGGCAAUAGCGUGGAGCACUCAGAACUGGCAGCUCUGUGCUUGUUUCUGAAAUACUGAGGAGCUCAAAGCUUCAGCUUUCCCCUCUACUAACGAAAUAGCUAUGCAUGCGCACACACACACACACACACUUCCAAAACGGGAUGGACUGGAACCUCUCUCAGACAGUCAAAGGAUUCUCAAACUAAUGAAACAUGACAUGACUUAAACAGCUCCGGUCCAGCAGUGACAUUAUGUCUCUCCACUCGUGGCAGUGACCUAUGGUGACCUUCUGUAUGUCUUUGCCUGCCAGUAUUCUUUUCUGUCUCUUUUCAUUUUUGUCCAAUGUUGGGCUGUUUAUUGAUAGGUUUGCAGCUGUGUGAACUGGCAGCUGUCAGUGCAAUACUUCGUUCACUCUCUGACUGUUUGACGUCAGCAGUAGUUCAGCAGCAGGACGCUGUUUGUUAUUCCACAGCGGCUCAAAAGGUGGAGAAUGUGGCAGAAUGAGCCGAGGAGCUGCUGUGGAAAUGACUGGUCUGGUGCUAAAAUUUUGUUGUUGAGCAAGCACGACUGCUCUGUUUGUGAUGUGUGUGUGUCUGUGUGUGUGAGAGAGAGACAGAGAUAGAGAGAGACAGACAGACAGAGAGAGAGAGAGAGAGAGAGACAAGUGCAGUGUUGGCAAACAAUCUGUUUCCAAAUUGAAAUCUCUGAAAGGUGCUCAGCUAGACCAGUCAUUUCUCAUGCUCACAACUCUCUCUCUCUCUCUCACACACACACACACACACACACACACACACACACACACACACAGAGAGAGAGAGAUGGUUGCAGGCCAGCAAGUCAUGCCAAUUCCCCACCAGCACAAUACACACACACAGAUGUCAGUGCCAGGCCAAUAGAGACAGUAUAAAGUGCUGUGUCAUGUUAUCUAGCUGAAAGAAUCAGAGGGAGAGAACUGGCUGUCUGUGAUCUUUGACCAGUGGUCUGCAGGAGUGUUUGGGUGACAUGUGUUACAGGUGCCAUGCUGCAUUUACACUGUGUGUCUGAGCAGUAUUAGGAAGGAAAGUGCUGGAAUUUGGUUCCACUAGUGCUAACAUGGUAACGGGGGCAAAUGGAAAUUAUGGACAUCAUUUGUAAACAAUUUUUUUUUCUUGCGAUGACUUGAGAUGAAGUUCAACCAUUGCUUAGGAUUUGAUAAUGUGUCCACAUGUGUUGUGAGACAAUAGUAAUAUGUUAACAUUUUCUACAUCACUCUAGGUAUAUGAGCCAAGUGUGGUCCUAGCUGCAAAGCAAUGACAGACGUGACUGUACUUGUUUUACAGAUUGUGCAUGAAUGUAAAAACACCUUCAUUUUUAAGUUAUUUACUUCACUGGAUUAACCAAAAGUAGACAUUCCUAUAUGGUCAUUCUAUCACA